UUUGGAAGAAAACAUUUUUUUCAUAUUUUAAAAUUAAUUAUGAAUUUUAGGAAAUUUAUUGUUUUGUUUUUUAAACUUAAGCGGUAAAAAUUGGAAGUUUUGAUAAUUUUUUUCUUUAUACAGUUGGUAAUACUGAUAAACAGUGAUAAAAAAAAAUUGCAAAAGGUUAUAUAUUUAUUAAUAAAGAAAUGUCAAAAAUGAAUUCAAAAAUAGUUGGAGCAACUUUAAAUCUCAUGAAAUGUCGAGCACAAUUUACAAAAACACAAGACUGUUGUCGUAUUUAUCAUUCUUGUCACGCGAUAAAAAAUUUAACAGCUGCUUCGAAUAAAACAAAACAAUUGGGUUAUUGUAGCGAGAGUUUAUCAAAGUGUUGGAAUUGCAAAUUUACAUUUAAAUCAGAGUUAUUUUGUUCAAAAUGUAAAUCCCUACAGGAAAUGCCGGAGGAUUUAACAUUUUUUGAUAUUAUUGGAGUAAAAAAAGAUUUUAAUAUAGAUAAAAAUGAAUUGCAGAAAAAAUAUAGACAAAUGCAAAAUAGACUUCAUCCUGAUAAAUUUAGCAACAGUUCUGAGGAAGAAAAGCAAAUAUCCGAGAGACUAUCAUCGUUGAUAAAUAAGGCUUAUUACACAUUAUCACAUCCAUUACAAAGGGGAAUAUAUCUAUUAAAUUUAAAUAAUAUAACACUUCCGGAAGGUACAACAAAUAUGAAUCCAGAAUUUUUAAUGGAUAUCUUAGAGAAAAAUGAAGAAAUUGAAAGAGCAUCUAAAGACGAAUCAACAGCUAUUAAAUUAAUUGAGGAAAAUAGAAAAACUUUAGCUGAUUUAACGAAAAAUAUUGCUGAGGCUUUUAAAAAACAGGACGUUGAGACAGCAAAACAAUUGUUAAUAAAAAUGAGAUACUACACAAGCAUUGAAAAUAGAUUGAAAAAAAUUAAGCAAGAUAUAGGAAUUGUAGAAUAAAAAG